AUGAAUGUCCACAACAACGUGAGGCCGUACGCGUGCGAUUGGCCAGGGUGCGGCAAACGCUUUUUAGCAAGUGCACUUCUUAAAUAUCAUUUGAAUAUUCAUAAUAACGUGAAGCCAUACGCGUGCGAUUGGCCCGCGUGUGAGUACAGAACCGCGUAUUACCCGUGUGUUCACUUACAUAAACUACAAGUGCACAAAAUGUAUGGACACAAAUACCCGUGCGAUUGGCCAGAAUGUGGUAAACAGUUUGCAAAUAAGCAAACACUCGGAUAUCACAUUAAUGUCCACAAAAAUGUUAAGCCCUAUGCGUGUGAUUGGUAUAAAUGUGAGUACAGGUCAACCAAUCACUCCAGUGUCCUGAUACAUAAAAAACAUGUCCACACAAAACAUAUGAACACCGGCGGCCAUAAUAAUAAAAAACUGUUCGCGUGUUUAUGGCCCGAAUGUGGUAAACAGUUCGCCUCUAAACCGACGCUCACUGACCACAUGAAUGUCCACAACAACGUCAAGCCGUAUGCCUGCGAUUGGCCUGAAUGUGGGUUUAGGACACACUAUGCGCCUAAUGUUCGGCUCCAUAAGAAACAUGUUCACAAAAUAUAA